UAGGUCGUAAGGUUAAUAAGUAGUUAUUGUAAGUUUAUUAGAAUAUCAAAUAUGAAAUUCUCACUAUUAUUACUAUUGACCAUCGUGUCAGCUGUGUUAUGUACCUCUCAGGGCCCAGACACGCGCAUCGUGGGGGGAUAUCCCGCCACGAUAUACAACUACCCCUUCGUGGUGUCCAUAGUGUACACAAACCCUGAAACUGGAGAGCAGACGCCAAGAUGCGUUGGCUCUAUCAUAUCCUCGUGGCAUGUGCUGACUACGGCUCACUGUUUUAGCGACCCAAACGUCGAAAACUACAAGCUCCGCGUCGGCUCCACUAGCAGCAUCGAAGGUGGCACUCUCUUCGACAUUUACUACAUCAUCAUCCACCCUGACUAUGUGGAGAGCCCGCGUACCGCCGACGCCGCCAUAGUGGUGCUGACCCAACAUGUCACCAUAAGCGAGAGCGUGCGAGUGAUCUACAUUCCCCCGCAAGAGACGUACAUCCCUGAUGGGUACACUGUGAGGGCCAUCGGCUGGGGGGCUGAGGAGGAGGAUGGUGCCUUGCUGGACACCCUGAAGGUGUUCGACACCAGGACCAUCCCGCUGCAGCAGUGCAUCGAGGCUUUCGCUGAUGAUGACAACAUCAACGUUUACGACCAGGUGAUCUGCACCCAAGCGGCCGGCCGUAGCAUGUGCAGAGGAGACUCCGGGGCUCCGAUCAUCAUCGGAGAGGUUCUCGUGGGCAUCGCGUCCUACUCCAGCUCCUGCGACGACUCCACGCCCGACACCUUCACCAGGAUCGACCGCCACACCGGCUGGAUCCUGCAGGAGGCCGUCCCUCCAUAUGGCAGGAGUGCGGCCUCGCCUGUGAGGGUCGCACCUGUUGUCUCUUGGUCUGCAACCCGCACUAUCAUCAUCAUCGGGGAGGUGCUGGUGGGCAUCGCGUCCUACUCCAGCUCCUGCGACGACUCCACGCCCGACGCCUUCACCAGGAUCGACCGCCACACCGGCUGGAUCCUGCAGGAGGCCGUCCCUCCAUACAGCAGGAGUGCGGCUUCGCCUUCAAACUGGAUUAUCACUAACAUGGCUUUCAAGGUGCUAUGCGCACUGGCUUUGCUUUCCGCUGCAUCAGCGGCCCCAGGAUCCCGCCUGACUGGAGGCAGCCCGCUGCCCGUCGAGGAGUUUCCCUCCGUGGUGGCCAUCACCUACUACUACCCGCGGCCGCAGAUCACCGUUCAGAGAUGCGUGGGUUCCCUCGUCUCGUCUAUCCAUGUGAUGACUGCUGCGUCUUGCUUUGACGGCGCAGACCUCGAUAACAUGAGGGUUCGCGCCGGUUCCGCCCAGCCUCUCUCUGGAGGCACUGACGUCGGCGUCACACACUUUAUCGCGCACCCUGACUUCGAGGAGUAUCCCAGGACAGCAGACAUUGCAGUUCUGUUCCUGGAGCAGUUCCUUCCCAUCACUUCUACUGUGAACAUCCUGUACCUGCCUCCUCCAGGGUACGAUGUCCCUGAUGGUAUCAGCCUGAGGGUGGCCAGCUGGGGAUUUGAAUCUUUGGACGGUGGCCCGCUUAAUGACCUGAAGACCGCCUUAUUGCCGAAGAUACCUUUGGCCCAGUGUCAGCAAGCCUUCGCCGACUCCGAAGAAGCCAGCAUUACACCUUCCGUCGUCUGCACCUUCGCGCCAGGCCAGGGCAUAUGCCACGGCGACGUGGGCGCCCCGGCGGUGAUCAGCAACGUUUUAGUCGGAAUUGCGUCUUACUACGAGAACUGCGACGGAACCCACCCCGAUGUGUGGACCAGAGUCGACAGCUACACCACCUGGAUCAUGCAAGUGACUGCUGGAGCGUCCCGCAUGCUGACAGUUUAACUGUGAUAUUUUUUGCCGCACUCGACUCACACGUCACCAAAACAAAAUAUUUGCCAAUCGUUCCACGUCCCAAAUGUGAUUUGCCCUGGGACACACAUCGCGAUAACCCGAAUAUUGGCAAUUUCGCAUUAUCGCCAAGUAUUCCCGUAUACUUCGAUGCUUUUUUGCUUAGCCAUUGUCUCCCGAAUGUUAUCGCGAUGUGGUCCAGGGAUAAAACAGUGAUUAUAGCGAACUCUAUCUUCAAGGUCCAGAAAAGAGACGAUCAUUUUGUAAAUGAACUGGUGUUGAUCAUGAAUUUUGAAGUACUGAUGAAUCGAGUAAGGCUAUUCUAGUCUUUUAGAGAUUUAAUGUGUCUUAAUAAAAAUUAAGAGCAUUAUUUUGGCCAAAAUUCGUCACUGAUUAAGUUAAAGAAUCUAGUUUUUACAAAUUCUUGUCAAACAAAAUUUUAAUUUAUAUGUUUAGGUAUGAUAAGACAUAUAAUUAAUAAAAAAUGAAUUUAUUAAA